AUGAGGUUGUCCAACUUCAUCCACCUUCCCCUGGUGUUUGCGCCUCUAUUCGCACCUUUACUUGCAACCGCAGAACAUACAAGCAAUUGGGCAGUCCUCGUAUCAACUUCGCGAUUCUGGUUUAACUAUCGACAUCUAGCAAAUGUUCUCUCUCUCUAUCGUACCGUCAAACGACUGGGAAUUCCAGAUUCUCAAAUCAUUCUUAUGUUACCCGACGAUAUGGCAUGCAAUCCUCGGAAUGCCUUUCCUGGCACAGUCUACAGUAACGCCGAUCGCGCGGUGGACUUAUACGGAGAUAAUAUCGAGGUGGAUUACAGAGGAUACGAGGUUACAGUAGAGAACUUUAUUCGACUGCUGACGGAUAGAGUUGGUGAAGAGAUGCCGAGAAGUAAAAGGCUUUUGACGGACGAUCGAAGCAAUAUCUUGGUUUAUAUGACAGGUCAUGGUGGUAACGAGUUCUUGAAAUUUCAAGACGCAGAGGAAAUUAGCGCAUUUGACUUAGCAGAUGCAUUUGAGCAGAUGUGGGAGAAAAAGAGGUACCAUGAAUUACUCUUCAUGAUCGACACUUGCCAAGCGAAUACCAUGUACAGCAAAUUCUACUCUCCCAAUAUCAUUGCGACGGGCUCUUCAGAAAUUGAUCAAUCAUCAUACUCCCAUCAUGCGGAUAAUGAUGUUGGGGUAGCAGUCAUUGAUCGCUACACAUAUUACAAUCUAGACUUCCUUGAAACCCAGGUUCGAGAACCUGGAAGUAAGAAGACGUUGGGCGAUCUGUUUGAUAGUUAUGAUGAAUCUAAAAUUCAUUCGCAUCCAGGUGUUAGAUGGGAUCUAUUCCCAGGUGGAGAGCAAGGAGGUAGGGAAAGACUACUGAUGGAUUUCUUCGGCAAUGUGCAAAAUGUGGAAGUUGACAUGAUGUCAAACGACACGGAAUGGAAAGAGGACCUACUUUCACUAGGUAAGAAGAUUGCUGAGCUGCGUGAACGAACUGAAGCAGCGGAAAAGAAUGCUACAUCUUCUGCAUCACUUCCAGAAAACCACCCGACUCGCAAAUUACGUGCUGCGAAAGUAGAAGUAGAUAACUCUUGGUGGGGCAAGAAAGCUGUGGGCGCAUGGGCUUUAGCAGGUUGUUCACUUGUUUGGCUUGCAGGAACAUACUUAGAGUCGGCAUAG